AUGCUGCAAGUAUUGGCCUUCUCCGCCUCCCCUCGAGUCAACGCCACAUUUUCACCGUCCUCGUUGAGGCGAUACAACCGGCCGUCGUCAGCUUCUGCUGCCGCCUCUGAGCCUGCCUCCACACCGGCUGGUCUGUCGCCUCAGGGCAUGACCUCGACAGCUGAUUGGCUGAUAACUCGCCUCGAAUUCCCCACUAACGACAGCCCUCCAGCCCGGCCUGAAGGGGAAUGA